CCCUCCUCCCGCUGUGUUCUGAUCGCAGUCGCCACCACAGCGGCCGCUGCCGGGCGCGGUGUCGGUGUGUCGGUUGGUUUAUCUUUCAGUGUUGGUGUUGGUGCCGUUGAAUUGCCCGCCAUGGCUGAGCUAGAUCCGUUCGGCACCCCCGCCGGUGCUCCUGGCGGCCCAGCGCUGGGGAACGGGCUGGCUGGCGCGGGCGAAGAAGAUCCGGCCGCGGCCUUCUUGGCGCAGCAGGAGAGCGAGAUUGCGGGCAUCGAGAACGACGAGGCCUUCGCCAUCCUGGACGGCGGCGCCCCCGGGCCUCAGCCGCACGGCGAGCCGCCGGGGGGUCCGGAGGCUGUUGAUGGAGUGAUGAAUGGCGAAUACUACCAGGAAAGUAAUGGUCCUACAGACGGUUAUGCAGCUAUUUCACAAGUGGAUCGAUUGCAGUCAGAACCUGAAAGUAUCCGGAAAUGGAGAGAAGAGCAAAAAGAACGCUUGGAAGCCCUGGAUGCCAAUUCUCGGAAGCAAGAAGCAGAGUGGAAAGAAAAAGCAAUAAAAGAGCUAGAAGAGUGGUAUGCGAGACAGGACGAGCAGCUACAGAAAACAAAAGCGAACAACAGGGCAGCAGAAGAAGCCUUUGUAAACGACAUUGAUGAAUCGUCCCCAGGCACUGAGUGGGAACGGGUGGCCCGGCUAUGUGACUUUAACCCCAAGUCCAGCAAGCAGGCCAAAGACGUCUCCCGCAUGCGCUCAGUUCUCAUCUCCCUCAAGCAGGCCCCCCUGGUGCACUGAAGAGCCGCCCUGUGGAAACACUACAUCUGCAAUAUCUUAAUCCUACUCAGUGAGCUGUUCACAGUAAUUGGAUUAAUUAUGUUGAGUUCUUUUGGACCAAACCUUUUGUCUUUAGAGUUGAUCAUUGUUUGUGAUUGCAUGUUUCCUUCAACUGUGUUCUCCCUGGCUUUCAGAGAGGAGGGUGGAGGAGGAAGAGGAAGGGAGGGAUGCUCCCAACAGUAGCCUCAGCUGUGCUUUUAUGCAUUAUUCGGAGAAUAAACUUCUGUUUCAAACAA